UGGGGGCGGGCUGAGCGGCGGAAGUUGCGCCGCUAGGAGAUCUCCUUCCGCUCGGAGGAGUUUCCUGGGCCGUGGAGCGGGGCUGCAGCUGAGGCAGGAAGAGUGGGGGCCGUGGUGACAUGAAGCAGCCCUACCGCUGAGGCCACAUUGUCCCCCACUUCAACGUGGGGGCCCACCAGGAUGAGCAAGCUGCCCGGCGAGCUGGCCUGUGACUUGGAGCGCAGUCUGCCAGUCCUGGCCUCCCUGGGCACCUCGCUGUCCCACAGCCAGAGCCUGUCCUCACACCCCAUCCCACCACCUCCGGAGAAACGCAGGGCCAUCUCUGACGUCCGCCGCACCUUCUGUCUCUUUGUCACCUUUGACCUGCUCUUCAUCUCCCUCCUGUGGAUCAUCGAGCUCAAUACCAACACUGGCAUCCGGAAAAACCUGGAGCAGGAGAUCAUUCACUACAGCUUUCAGAGUUCAUUCUUCGACAUCUUUGUUCUGGCUUUCUUCCGCUUCUCUGGCCUGCUCCUGGGCUAUGCUGUGCUGCGGCUCCGGCACUGGUGGGUGAUUGCGGUCACCACACUGGUGUCCAGUGCAUUCCUCAUCGUCAAGGUCAUCCUCUCUGAGCUGCUCAGCAAAGGGGCAUUCGGCUACCUACUGCCCAUUGUCUCUUUUGUCCUGGCCUGGCUGGAGACCUGGUUCCUUGAUUUCAAAGUCCUACCCCAGGAGGCUGAAGAGGAGAGAUGGUAUCUUGCUGCCCAGGCUGCGGUUGCCCGUGGACCUCUGCUGUUCUCCAGUGCUUUGUCUGAGGGCCAGUUCUACUCUCCCCCAGAAUCCUUUGCAGGGUCUGACAAUGAAUCAGAGGAGGACGUCCCUGGGAAGAAAAGUUGCUCUGCCCAGGAGCGAGAGUACAUCCGCCAGGGCCGUGAAGCCACUGCAGUCGUGGACCAGAUCUUGGCCCAGGAAGAGAACUGGAAGUUCGAGAGGAGUAAUGAGUAUGGGGACACCGUGUACACCAUUGAGGUUCCCUUCCACGGCAAGACCUUCAUCUUGAAGACCUUUCUGCCCUGUCCUGCUGAGCUGGUGUACCAGGAAGUGAUCCUGCAGCCCGAGAGGAUGGUGCUGUGGAACAAGACAGUGACCGCCUGCCAGAUCCUGCAACGGGUGGAGGACAACACCCUCAUCUCCUACGACGUGUCCUCAGGGGCUGCAGGUGGUGUUGUGUCCCCCAGGGACUUUGUGAAUGUCCGGCGCAUUGAGCGGCGCAGAGACCGUUACCUGUCCUCUGGGAUUGCCACCACACACUGCGCCAAACCCCCCACGCACAAAUACGUCAGGGGGGAGAACGGUCCUGGAGGCUUCAUUGUGCUCAAGUCAGCCAGCAACCCCCGAGUCUGCACCUUCGUCUGGAUUCUAAACACAGAUCUCAAGGGCCGCCUGCCUCGGUACCUUAUCCACCAGAGCCUUGCAGCCACCAUGUUUGAAUUUGCCUUUCACCUGCGGCAGCGCAUUGGAGAGCUGGGGGCCCGAGCCUGAACAUGUCCCCUCGCCACCCUGCGGGCCAGGGUUCUGUCGCCAUAGCCUCCGGAGCCGGAUAGAGGGACUGUUUGGGCUUCCUGCUGCUCAUGAAGGCCUAUAUGCUAAGCAGCAGCUGCCGCCUCAUUCCCUGGCUGUACCCUCCCACUGAGCCGUGGAGCAUGGUCCUGAGCAGUUGUGGGGUUGAGCACGUGGACUCUGGGGUGCCCCAGACUGGAGGAGGAGCCAGGGCUGGCCUCCUGAUGUUGACACAAAGUCCCUGCCUUCUGGAGGAGGAGACUCCUCCCCAUGCUUCCCUAGGGGAUCUCACUUGGUCACAGAGGACCUGGGCUUGCCCAUCACCAGUGUGAGGGUGAGGGAGCUUUCCAUUCCAGCUGCUAGGAUGGUUUUGUACCGUUAGUGGAAGGGUCUGUGACCCUUUUCCAUACACACUGCGGUGUGUAAGGGCAGGUGAUGGGGAUGGCACUCCAUCUCUGCCUCUCCAUAGCCUUCUCCCCUCCCAAGGCCUCCUUGGGGACUUUUGUAAUAACUUGAGCCAAUAAAAAACAUGAGAUUAAAAAAAUAAAAAUGCUGGUUGUGGUGGAGCAUGCCUUUAAUCCCAGCACUUGAGAGGCAAAGGCAGGUAGACCUCUUGAAUUUGAGAGCGGCUUGGUCUACAUGGCAAAUUCCAGGAUUGCCAGGACUACACAGAUGGACCUUGUUCCCACGAAAAUAAAAUACUUUUUAGAAAGCAAAUAAACAAAAGCUUUGCCUGCUGUGGGGCCUUGGCCUAAUCCUCACUGCAGAGCUGAGCCUGGAAGCCCUGGAAAAAAAUACCACCCAGUCCCUCCCCAGCACCCAGGGUGAGCGGUUUCUAGGUUCUCUUUUCCUGAAAGGUUCUACUGACAUGGUCACAGGCCCAGUGCUGGAGGCUGGGGAGAUGCCCACAGGGCCACAGCAGGCCAAGCCACAGUGGCACCUGGCUUUAGGGUUCCUGAGGUACCUGUGGCACCCCAGACAGACCCUGGGUCUACAAGGCUCAGCCUUGUCACUGUGUCCCACUGCUCUCGCACCAGGGAGCGAGCAGCUUGGAGCCUGGGUUCCAGGCCCGGCUGUCCCCACUCCUGCUUCCUCCCUCUUGUACGGGCUUCUAAAGGAGUCUAUUA